CCUCUCUGCUCUUUAGCUAACGUGGCCUUAAGCCCCGCGGUGGAUGAAUGACCGACGCCGCCGCCGUCGCUGCUACUCGUCCCGCUGCUCCGUCUCCAUCUCUAAGCCGCUCUGAAGCACCAUGUCUGAGGCUGAGCAGGUCCCGGCCUCGGCCCCGGACACCGGCGUCCUGGACGCCCUGAACGGAACCGACUCUAACGGCACUGAGGCGCUGAACGCCACCGCUAAGUUCGUGGCGACUCCGGAGGGCACAGCGCUGGCGUACGGCAGCCUGGUGCUCAUGGCCCUGCUUCCCAUCUUCUUCGGGGCUCUGCGCUCCGUCAGCUGCUCCAAGUCCAAGGAGCUUGGAGAAAACGGUUACGACUCUGGGUUCAGAAAUGCGUCUGAUAUGCCAGAAACCAUCACCAGUCGAGAUGCAGCACGGUUCCCCAUCAUCGCCAGCUGUACUCUGUUUGGACUCUACCUGUUCUUCAAGGUGUUUUCUCAGGAGUACAUCAACCUGCUGCUGUCUGUCUACUUCUUUGUUCUGGGAGUCCUGGCUCUGUCUCACACCAUGAGUCCUCUGAUGUCCAGAAUCUUUCCAGCUUCUUGUCCCAACAAACAGUACCAGCUGCUGUUCACUCAGGGCUCUGGAGAGUCCAAAGAAGAAAUCGUCAACUAUGAGUUUGACACCAAGAACCUGGUGUGUCUGGUGAUCAGCAGCGUGGUGGGGGUCUGGUACCUGCUGAAGAAGCACUGGAUCGCCAACAACCUGUUCGGUCUGGCCUUCGCCCUGAACGGAGUGGAGCUGCUGCACCUCAACAACGUCAGUACCGGCUGCAUCCUGCUGGGGGGGCUGUUCGUCUACGACGUCUUCUGGGUGUUUGGGACCAAUGUCAUGGUAACGGUUGCCAAAUCAUUUGAAGCGCCAAUCAAAUUGGUGUUUCCUCAGGACUUGUUGGAGAAAGGUCUUGAAGCCAGUAACUUCGCCAUGUUGGGACUCGGAGACAUCGUUAUUCCAGGAAUCUUCAUCGCUCUCCUGCUGCGCUUUGACGUCAGCCUAAAGAAGAACAGCAGGACGUACUUCUACUCCAGUUUUCUGGCCUACAUCUUUGGCCUGGGCCUCACCAUCUUCGUCAUGCACACCUUCAAACAUGCACAGCCGGCUCUGCUCUACCUGGUUCCGGCCUGCGUCGGGUUCCCCGUCAUCGUAGCUCUGUUCAAAGGAGAACUCACUGAGAUGUUCAGUUAUGAAUCUUCAGAUGAGGUCCUUCCUGGUUCUCCCAGACUCACUUCCUUUCCCACCGUCAGCGGUUCUCCUGCCAGCCUGGCGAGCUCUAUGGAUGCCGUCUCCAUGGCGACAGGCUCCUCCCCUCGCCAUCGUCGAGUACAGCCCACCUCCAUAUAGAAGCCCUGCCCCAUUCUGUCUUUACUGCCCCCCUGUCUCACCUGGGCAGGUACGAGGAGGCUUCACCUGAGGAGGCGGCGUCUAAAGAUGAGUCAUCAGAAUCAGAGAAAAAGGACCAAUAGGAUCCACCACUGCCCCCCCCUGCCCCCCUCCAUCCUCCAUCACUUUCAUCCAAGCAGCUGCCGCCACAUUUCACUGAAGCCCCGCCCCCUCCGCCUGUCCAGCUUCCUGUCUGGGGCCCCGGGGCUCGUGUUGCCAACGCGUUUGUGUCUGAUCGCCGUGUGAACGGUCGCUAGUGUCCACGGCAAUGCUGCUGCCUGCCAGCGUCCGGAGGUUGGGCGUCCGCUCGCAUCAUCACAUCACGUGCUCGCAGCUCGCCGCUCGCCGCUUCUGAUUGGCCAGAGACUGUCUGCAGGAGCGACAGUGAAGCGGCGCCGCUCACGUUUGAUUUCCUGCUUCAUCUUUAGGAGAACCUGAAAUUGUUCUUCUCUGCUUCUGCUGCUUCACGUCUGCGUCCUUCCUGCAAGCGGCCACAGCGUCAACACAGAAACCGUCACAUCUAAAGCUGACCCCAGAGAAACAACAGACCUCAGACACUUGGUUCCUCCUGAACGUAAACCUCUGAAGACAUGUUUUUACUGAACAGCUGCUCACUAACAGGACUAUUUCCAGUGGCGGAUGAAUCCACAUUCAGAGCCGUAGUGAUUCUGAGGUUCAGUAAAAAUAAAAACCUUAAAAACAAAUGGCUCCUUAAAGCAGCCAAAGAUGAAAAUACAAUGUUUGUUUAGUUUAAAACCAUUCCAGAAAGUUCAUAAAUUAAAGUCAAAGUUUGUGAAACUGACAGAAAAAAGGUCAAAAAAUUUGAUUCAUAGUGAACAAUAAAAACUAGUUUAUCAGGAAUCCGUUAAAAAUCCGGAACAGUCAAAGUGUUGGUCCUAAAAACGGAUGGUCAGUGUUGAGAAUAAAAUCAGAUUUCAUCCAGUUUGAAACUGAUUCUCCUGUUUCUGAUCCGCUGCAGCGUUUCAUCCACAGACUGUUUCUGUGUUUUCAUGAAGCAUCGUUUGUUUAAACUUAAAUCCAUGGAUGGAGACGCUUUGAUUCAUUUCACGCUUCUAAAACCGGUUCCAGUCUUGAAGUUGUGGCCGAUGAGGAGGUGACUGAACGCUUCGCUGAGUCCUCUCAUUCUCACACCUGAUUGGUCGAUGGGCUGCGAAGGGAGGAGCCCUACAGCUUCCUCUUCCAAUCGGCUGUGAGAAUGAGCCCAGGAGGCGGAACAUUGGAGGGUUUUCACAGAAGCGUCCUCAGACCUGAAUUCUCAUCGUAUCAGUAACUUUCAUCUCUGCAGGAACAUCUGAGCAGCUUCGAUCCAUUUAGGACGAAUUUUCCCGUUUUAAAAAAAAAUAAUAAUAAAGUUUGGUCGUCAGAUGAGACAACAAAUCUGAAAAGUGGCCAAACUUCCAGGUAAAAGUCAGAGUUUUGGUGAUGAAGUCGGUUCAGUAUCUACAGACUAAACUAGAGAAACUAAGAGCUGCUGCUGGAGGCUACAGUUCCAGGAUGCAGCGGGAGUUAUUCCAGCCUCCUUUAGUAACCUGAUCAACGCUGUUAGUAAACCUGACAGCUUCUGCCUUUUAAGGUCGCCUUAUUUCAGUGAUUUGGAGAAUUUAGUUUGCAGAGAAGACCCAGAUGUUUGAGAUGUUUCAGAUCUGAGGACGCCUGAGGAGCCUCCAGCCUCGUAAAUAUUCUCUGUUGUUGAUGUGGACGCUUUAUUAAGAGAUGCACAGUUUUGUAUUUUGAUGUAAAAUAAAACGGUUCCUGUUCAACAGCUCCUCCUCAUUUUAAAUUUGAUGUAUCUGAAACGUUUUUCUGUUUCUCUUCUUCUCUGGUUGUAUUUGUGCAGGACGUCGUUUCACGGCUCCAACUGUAUCUUAUUUUAUUUGCAAUAAACUUUUUGGUGUUUUGAUCACCGUAUAGAGAAGCAAAA